GGGACACACCGGGGCAGGACGGUCCUGGGAUGCGAUCGCUGGAGCGGGGAGGCGGGGAGGCGAGCCUGGCCACCCGGACCCCGCGCGGCCCCGCACACGCCACGUCAGGCCGUACCUGGCUUGCAGCGUCGCCGGCCGCGGCACUCAGGAGGCGGCACCCAGGGUCGGGGUCCGAGCUGGGCUCGGCCUCCCUCUCCGACCUCACCCGCAGCCGCCGCCCCGCCCAAGCGUCUUCGGAUUGGUUCCCGGCGUGUUCGCUUCCGGGUGAGAGGUCGCCCGGUCGCCCCGGCAACCGAGCCCCGCUCCGUCCUAGCGCCCAGCUCCCUGCCAGGCCGCAGAGCUGGCGAGCCAGGGGGAAUCGCAGAGUCGCGACAGUCUGUCCAACCCGUCUCCGUCAACAUCUUCAGAAGUGUAUAAGAUCAAGUUUAUAUUUCCAAAUGGCGACAAGUAUGAUGAAUGGCUUUGGAAGACUUGAGCAUUUUUCAGGAGCCGUGUAUGAAGGACAAUUUAAGAACAAUAUGUUUCAUGGACUGGGGACUUACACAUUUCCAACUGGGGCAAAGUACACUGGAAAUUUCAAUGAAAAUAGGGUGGAAGGUGAGGGGGAGUACACGGAUAUCCAAGGCCUGCAGUGGAGUGGUAACUUCCACUUCACAGCUGCUCCCGGCCUGAGACUAAAGCUCUACAUGUAGAUCUGCUUGCCUUAGUGCCGUCGAGGCCACUGCAACUCCCCCGCUGGCAAAGCCACUACACCUUCAGCUGAAAUGCCCUGCACCCUCUGUAAGUUCACCAAUAAAACUGCCAUUCACUUAU